UUGGAUAGAGAUCUCUACAAGAGCCUUACCUAUAUCAAGCACUAUGAGGGAGAUGUGUCAGAUCUGGAGCUGACAUUCUCAUACGACGAAGACUGUCUUGGGCAGAUUGUUGUACACGACUUGGUCCCUGGUGGGCGUUAUAUCACCGUCAACAAUGACCUUAAAAUCAGUUAUGUGCAUCGAAUGGCAAUGUUUCGAAUGUACAAGCAAAUUCGAGGCCAGACAGCCAGCUUUAUUCGAGGCUUCUACUCCAUUAUUAAUCCCGACUGGUUGGCAAUGUUCUCUCCCACGGAGUUACAACAACUUAUCUCGGGAGAUUCGGUCAACUUUGAUUUGGAGGAUUUAAAGCAACACACGAAGUACUCAGGUGGUUUUUACAGCAACCAUCGGGUCAUAACAUGGCUGUGGGAUAUCUUGAAGAAGGACUUUUCAGAUGAGGAGAGAGGUCUUUUCCUCAAGGAUAUGGGUGACACUUUAGGCUCGGUUUUGAAGGGAUUCUUCGGCUUUGGCAGCCGUCGAGGUGGUGAGGAGCAAGCGCGUCUGCCUUCAGCAUCAACUUGUUUCAACCUUCUUAAGCUACCCAACUAUGCUUCACGUGCUACUCUUCGUGAUAAACUGCGAUACGCUAUACACUGCAACGCUGGUUUUGAGCUCUCCUGA